GGCAGGGGUAUCAUACCGGUAUCAUAUCAUAUCUCCAGCAUUCAUUCGUCUUAAUCAUAGACUACUUUCACUCCAACCUCCUACUCGCGCAAGACCCUUUUUAUCCCACACCCCUACUCCCUCCGGACUUGAAGCACACAUCUCUUUUGUAUGGUUGGGUUUAUAGCUUCUUUACGAAUGAUACUCUCCACCACCACCACACCGUUUGUGUGAACUCUGGGUUCCACUUCGCUCCCCUCCAAUGCCAGGCUACUUUUAUCAUUUGUUCUUUGAUCUUUUUCCUCCUACCUUCCCAGCCGUUAGAUCACUUCCUGAUCUCAAACAUCUUUCUGACUCUCAGUUAUCGCAACUCUCGGCUUGGAUACCACCUCCGGGGACGAGCAUCUUUGAUACCAUCCUACCCUCCCACACAGCGUCGCAUACUCCACCCUUUCACGAACUCGAGGAGCUUGCUACAGACAGAAAGGGGAUAAAGAAGAGCAAAGCCCGGGAAUCCCCUACCUUUGGUUCGGAAGCCUUUACUACACAUUUGCCCCAUCUCGACUGGCGUUUCGGCCGUGUAUCGGUUGAGUCUAUAGAUAUGGCUCUUGAGGACCGUUUGGUGGUUCACAGGAACUCUUCGGGCAUGGAGGGGUCUAAAAAUGGCGAAAGACGACCCUCACGAGCCUCAGAAUCCUUUACCGGAGGUGCUGCCUCAAAGGCUCAGUUCAUCCCCUUAGAAAUGAAAAACACUGAGUUUGGCUAUGGAGUUGUUCAUCUCUAUCGCGAUGUCUUCGAAACUCCUGGACUCUAUCCUCUAUCAUCCAAUGUUGAAACAGUUAACAAGGUUCCGGGAAAUCUUCAUGGCGAAAUCGAUGAGGCUUUAACCACCAUAGCUGUCCUCGCAGUUCCUUCCUAUAUGACCGCAUCAGACUUUAUGGGGUUUGUGGGGGAAGAAACUCGUGACGCGGUUAGCCAUUUUAGAAUGAUCAGGACGGGUCAGGCAAAUAGAUAUAUGGUUCUCAUGAAGUUUAGACGACAGGAAGCUGCUAGGGGAUUUGUGGGCAGCUUUAAUGGAAAAGUGUUCAACAGUAUGGAGCCGGAAAAUUGCCACGUCGUUUUCGUGAAAUCAAUUCAAUUUCAACCCCCUACACCAGAGGACUCUUCUGUCAUUUCUCCUGAGCCUUCCACGGAUCCAUUUUCUGCCUCUCACUAUCCCACAUCUCCGAUAUCUACUGCCACUUCUGUAGCAGCAUCGUCAUCUUCUGUGCCCGUGGCAACCAAUCUAUCGACAAAACCAGCGCCACCCCCGACCCCGUCGCUUUUAGAGUUGCCAACAUGCCCAGUGUGUCUGGAGCGUAUGGACGAGACCACUGGACUAUUGACCAUUCUGUGCCAGCACGUCUUCCACUGCGCCUGUCUCAGUAAAUGGAAGGAUAGCAGUUGCCCAGUUUGUCGUUAUACACAGAGCGAUGGUUUCCGCGAGAGGGAAACAGGGAGUAGUGAUGAAGAUGAGUACUGCGAGGUUUGUGGAGCUAACAGCAACCUAUGGAUCUGUCUUAUAUGCGGAAACGUUGGUUGUGGUCGCUAUGAUGAGGCGCAUGCGUUCGAGCAUUACAAAGAUACCUCACAUUGUUAUGCCAUGGAUAUCGAGACACAACGUGUCUGGGACUAUGCAGGCGAUGGAUAUGUCCAUAGAUUAAUCCAAAACAAGUCGGAUGGGAAGUUAGUUGAAUUGCCAUCAACGUUGUCGGAUUCCCGAAACCCUGAACGUCACACCGAUGGAGAUUGUGUUCCCCGUGAGAAACUAGAUAACAUCGGUAUGGAAUAUACUUACCUUCUCACGAGUCAGCUCGAUAGUCAGCGGCUUUAUUUUGAGGAAAAGGUCACACAAGCGGCAGACAAGGCUUCAAAAGCCACUCAUGCCGCAGAGAAAGCAACCGUGGAGUCCCGAGAAUUGAUGAAGGAAAUGAAGGGGCUCCGUAGCAAAUUUGUCGAGCUAAACACGGAAGUGUUGCCCACCUUAGAAAAGGCCAAGGAGCGAGCCGAGAGGAAGGCCGAGAAAUGGGCAGACAUGGCCAGAAGGAUGGAAAAGGAGUGGAAGGAGGAGAAGGGCGUCAAUAACGGUUUGAUGGAACGGAUCGAAUUUCUAACGAAAGAUUCAGAGUUGAGGAGGAAAGAAAAUGAAGACCUCAAGGAACAGAUACGCGACUUGAUGUUUUUCGUUGAGGCCAGGGAAAAGAUUAAGGACAAAGGGGAGGAGGUUAUGGAGGGCACUGUUACAGUUGGCGAUGCGCCUCCACCGCCACAGCCAAAGAGAGGGAGGAAAGGAAAGGGAAAGAGAUAG